AUGGAAAGACGUAGGCGCUUCAGAGUUGUUGAUCUUGUGAAAGCACAGUUAAGCGUUCCCCCCGCUGAUUGUAGGGACCUUAGUUACGAUGGUCACACCAACUCAAGUGUCUAUCAAAUCUAUCCCUUUGGUACCAGCAAAAGUCCUAUCAAAGUUUACUGCGACAUGGAGACUAUGGAUGGAGGAUGGACGGUCAUCCAAAAACGCUUGGAUGGAUCCCCGAGUUUUGACAGGAACUGGACAGAAUAUAAGAAUGGUUUUGGUGAACCGGAAGGGAAUGUCUGGAUAGGUGACGGUAUGUUAAAGAUUGGGAAUUCUUACGUUUCUCUCCCUGGGAUGUCCUUCACCACCUCCGACAGAGACAACGAUAGAUAUGAUGGAGUGAACUGUGCUGUUGACUUAAAAGGAGGCUGGUGGUUUAAUAUCUGUCAUCACGCCUUCCUUAACGGUCCCUGGUCUCCCCAAAACUGGGUCAAUCCGUGGUACCCUACAAUCCAGACUGGAGCAGACAUUAGAGGGACGAUAAUGAUGAUCAAACAUCACUAG